CAUCUCUCUUCCCCCCCCAUUUACUACGCCUUUUCACUCUUCUUUCACGCACAUUUGCCGAAGUCGCCGCUGCUGUUGCUUGCGACGCGCGCAGUCCCCUCCUUGCCUCGAGGUAGACCUUUUUUUUUCUCCUUUGCACUUUGGUACUUUUUUUUUUCCGUAAGACUCCUUGCUCCCACCACCCGUUGUCGUGAAUCCUACCGCCACCCGCAUCGCCGAGAAACGCCAUCCCGAUCGCCAAGCGCCCGCCCCGACGUCUCGGCGAGCCGAAUCCGUAUACAUUGCGACUCCCGAGCCGCCGUCGUUGACGGGCACACGCACGCCACCAAGAGAGAAACGAUUCGCAAAGCGCGGCGACGGGGAUUUCUUUCGCAGAUACAAGGCGCCCCCCCCCCCGCCCGGUUGGUUUGUUGGCCCGGGAGGAGCGAGCAGCAACAGCACGGCAAAUUCGUGCGUCGCGAAGCAUUGGGCGACCGGGAAACGUGGCGCACGUCGUUCAAGAUUGGGCCUCGCCUCACCGACCCAAAAUCAUCAGGCGACGCACGGGGGUAUCAUCGACCGACCGACCGAACGCGCGAGCGCACGAGCGAAGCAGCACUGCCCUCGCUACUCAUUUGCGCGUUUCGGCCCUGGCACGACUCUCCUUUGUUCUCGUCGAUCUCGCUUCAACAAAGGGCAUUCGCUCCACAACGUCUGUCUGGCCGCAGCCGUUGGCAAAGUCCUUCGUCCAUCUUUCGCCCCGAGCAAGAUCCCAGAUGCCCCUGGCGGGCCGACGAACGCGCAAGCACCGACACACGGGCAUCUUUAGCCCAUCGCCAUCAUGAAUCUAACGUGCAACUCGACGCUGGAGGAGCUGAGGAUAUCUCCCGGCUCCGAAAUCAUCCUCAUCGGACCUCUGAACUUUCACAACCUGGCGCGCGUCAUUUCGGCCUCCUGCACCCUCAUCGCUGCCGUCCUCAGCCUCUACCUGGUAUGGCAGCACGCCAUCCAUUACACCCAACCCCGCGAGCAGCGAUACAUCAUUCGCAUCCUCUUCAUGGUCCCCGUGUACGCCAUCUCGGCCUACUUCCAGAUCGAGUGGUACUGGCACGCCAUCUACUUCCAAGUAAUCUCCGACUGCUACGAGGCCUUCGCCAUUGCCUCCUUCUUCGCCCUCAUCUGCCACUAUGUCGCCCCGGACCUGCACACCCAGAAGCACUUCUUCCGCGAGAUGCGCCCCGUCAAGCCCUGGGUGUGGCCACUCAACUGGUUCGCAAAGUGCUGCGGCGGCGACAGGGGCCCGUGGCGCACGCCCAAGAGCGGCCUGACGUGGUUCAACAUCAUCUGGAUCGGCAUCUACCACUACUGCUUCAUCCGUGUCGCCAUGACUAUCUCGGCCGUCGUUGCCCAGUACUUUGAGCGAUACUGCGAGAGCUCCAACAGCCCCGUCUUUGGGCAUAUCUGGAUCAUCGUCCUCAACGCGGCUGCGGUCACCGUAGCCAUGUUCUGCUUAAUCCAGUUCUAUGUCCAGCUCAAGGAGGCACUCGCCGAGCACAAGCUCUUUCUCAAAAUCGUCGCCAUCAAGCUCGUCGUCUUUCUCUCGUUUUGGCAGUCGGCUGCCAUUUCAGUUGGCACGUCGACGCUCAAUAUUGUACACCCAAACAAGGUCCUGGCGUAUCCGGACCUCAAGGUCGGCAUUCCCGCGAUGCUACUUUGCAUAGAAAUGGCCAUUUUUGCCGUAUUACAUCUCUGGGCGUUCCCCUACGCCCCCUACGUGGCCGGUGCGCCCACCACAUUUUACCCGUCGCCCGACCCGAACAAGGGCGGGCCCUCGCAGGAGAACCAACGGUCACCCCCGAGCGGCGGCCCCAUGGGCAUCAUGGCCGUGUUCGACGCGCUCAACCUGUGGGAUUUUGUCAAGGCAUUCGGUCGCGGCAUGCGCUGGCUCUUCUGCGGCGUCAAGCGGCGGAAGGAGGAUAUCAGCUACAAACUGAACCACGGCGACGCACUGGAUAUGGAUAACCUGCCUGAGGGAAAGGAGGGUGCGAGCACGUACGACGCGAUGCGCGCCGGCAACGUACCGCCGACGUAUCCGUACAGCCGUCCCGGCGGCCCGUACCAGAUGAGCGGCGUGAUCGGCGGUGCGCCGCACGAGGAAAGCGCGGGUUUGAUCAACAACGCGCAGCCAAACCCGGAAAUGACGCCGUAUCGACGGGACGAUUCGCGGUCCCCGCCGCGGCAGCCGCGGAGAGACACCUCCCCGAGGGGUUACGGGCACGAUCCACAACAUUACGGCCCGUAUCAGCACCAGCAGCAACAAGGCCCAGGGCGGACGCACGCCCAGGCAAGUGUUGGUCACGCGCUCUGGGGACAGCCGCCGAAGCAGUGAAGACGUCCCGCUGCGGCGCUUCUCUAAUACUCGAUUGCAUGGCCUCAGAGAUGAGAUAGGGCACACGCCAGUGUAGGAUAGCAACGUGUUUGGACUUGGAUCGGCGUUGGUACGGCAGCAUACUUUGGCUGCGGGGAGCAGACGGCCAUGGUUGGGCGUGACCCCCCGAGCACGUCGCGAUAUGCCCCUGAGCCGGAUCGAGGGGGGGGUUGGCGGCUCUUUGUUUUGACAUGAUACCACGAGAUUUAUUUUGCCGAAGAAUUUACCGAAG